AUGGGCCUUCCAGGCUGUUUUCCCCCAGGAGGCCCGACAUCGGUCAUUUUCAUAAGGGAUCAUAAUACUCUUGGACAGGAAGUAUCUGGCUAUAUAGACUACGCCCACAGACUCAAGACCCAAGAUUUUCAACCAUAUUUCAGCGGAAAGAAGAGACUGGUGCCAGGACGCUCGGAUUUAUGCUACUACAACUGGAAGACCCAGGUGUCCACGUCCAACUCCAGCCCCAACUUCGAGGUGAUUUAUGACGACCCAAACGGCCUGCUCUUUAAGAACAAACGGGACAAAAAGAUCCUGAAUGUGGAUCCGUCGUCCGGUCCCGGUGAGGACUCUAAGAGGACGUUCGUCCAGUCGGACCUCUACGUCCACGUCGUCAUCUACGACCACAACAUCAGGACUGUCUGAGCUUCACAGGCCGCUGCCGACACAUGGGUACAUAUGGACUGUAUUGGAGACCUCUG